UAUAACCAAAAAAAUACUAUAUGUCACAUUGUGCAAAGGGCCUAAUUCUUCAAGUAGCAUAUUUAUAAGCACGCUUAUGAUGAACGUCAUUUUGGGCGUCCGAAACUAUUCCGUAACUUUCUUUAGACGCGUGGAAGGACGCUACUUCAACAAUACGUUGCAUAUACAUAGCAAUUAUGAAUGGGUAAAACUUAUAGUCAACAAUGCACUUACGCGUUUUGUUUACAUGCUCAAAUAUUAGCGUGUAUUUUCUAUCAGCUUGUUUCGUUAAAAAAUAGUUAGACACUGAGAGUACAGUUGUCUCCUCUCAAGAAAAUAAUGGACUUGUUCUUAAGUAAAUAAAUUAUGACGGCCUGCGAUCAAGUUUAUCACUAACACUGUAGCUCAAUAAGAAAUGAUAUUGAUAACCAUCCGAUCUAUUUUUUUACACAAUACUGCAAUAAAUUCUAUGUCCUAAUAUAAUCACGUCAGUAGACAUUGAACAUAACGCCUCCGCUAAGUACCCAAGAACUAGUAGCAAUAAUAACAACAAAGAGAUGAUAGAUGAUAAGUUGCAGUAGUUUCUGCUUCAAAAUAUUGGAAGCGUAAAUUGACAAGAACAAGAUUUUAAGUAAAAAUUACAAACAACGAAAUAUUAGUGCAAGCAACCGUUAUGACUCUUAAAUCAACUGGAAACUAUCGCAAAUUAAAAAGCCAAUCGGAAUGGUAUUACAUUGCGAUACUUGCUUUAUUUGCUAUUUUGAAUGGUACGUCGUCUAAUGCUUGUAGCUGUACUUUCUUGUGGUGUUUCGAGUAUUUUUGCUACAUUGCAACAAGUCAACGUCUUGGUUUUAACGCGAAAUUGGUCCAAAUCGGAGAUGAGGUAGCACGCCAUAUAAGAAAAUGUUGCGCAAGUGGAAUAAAAUAUGCCGCCAAUCAAAACAACUGUGACAAAAAUGACUACGAAGUAUACGAAAUACCACCUCUUUGGCUUGGACUCUGUCAUUCGACAUAUAGUGUGUGUUGUUCACAGAAACUAGAGGAGCAAUAUUGUGUUGCCGGACGUUUGGCCGCCUUGCGUGGUUCUCGAUGCGAUGAGCAAUACAACAUUACUGAAUAUGGAGAUUGUUGUCGGGCCUGUCAGGUGGGCCUGGCUGUCAAAGCUAGUAGUAAUGAUUGUGACAAUACCCUUUUUACGUACUUCAAUAAAAUUGAAACAUAUCAUAUUUGUUGCGAUGGGAACAGAACGAACUAUGACUACGCUAGCGCCAUAAUUAUUGACGACAAAGAUUCUGAGUACAUGGAGGAAGAAAAGCAAGUGAAAACUGAAGCCAGUCAUUUAAAUGGCGCUGUGGAGAAAAUCGAUAAACGUAAGGAAUUAAUUGGAAACUCUAGUGAUGGCACUAUUGUGCUUCGAGAAGAUGAUGAUGACAUAUGCGGAAAAGUGAAGAAUCUGUGCGCACAUAUUUGUGAGAAUACCAAAGAGGCGUACCGUUGUAAAUGUAACCCUGGUUAUAAGUUAGAAGAAAAUAAUGUUACUUGCUCUCGAGUCAUAAAUGACGCGAACGGUAAAAACAACGCUACUGAUGAACGAAGUCAAGAUGUAGAGAUUGCUGCCACUGACGAAGACGAUAAUGUAGCCAAUAAAGAAAUUCGUAGCAAUAUUAUUAAAGUUGGUCCAUUAGAAUGUUAUAAUGGUUUCGAGUAUGACUACGUAAAUGGUAAAUGUAUUGAUGUUGAUGAAUGUGCAAAUAAAUUAGACAAUUGCAAAAGUUAUCAAUACUGCCACAACACUAUUGGGGGCUUUCAUUGCUUGAAUGUGAACUCAAAAAAAUGUGACCCAGAUAAGGAGAAAUGUGAAGAGUGUAGUGCCGGAUAUCACUAUAAAAAUAAGAGCUGUGUUGACAUAGACGAGUGCGACAUCGAUGAAUAUGCAUGCGAUAGCAGUCAGAUGUGCGUGAACGAUAUAGGUGGAUAUCGAUGUGAUUGCAAAAUAGGUUUUAACCUUGACGCAAUCACUAACGCUUGUGUCGACAUAAACGAGUGCUCCAUCAACAACCACAAUUGCCUACCAACUCAACGUUGUGACAACACAUAUGGAUCUUAUGUCUGCGUUAGACUUCAAAGUUGCGGUACAGGGUAUACAUUAAGCGCCGAAACAGGAAACUGCGAUGAUGAUGAUGAGUGUGAUCUUGGCAUACAUAACUGUCCAGCCGAUUAUGAAUGCCAUAACACAAAGGGUUCAUUCCGUUGUUACCGUCGCAUUCUGUCAACUAAGAGAACUUCUAAAGGACCGUUGUCAACUAAUGUAACAAGCAAAAUACUACCUGCAAUUUAUUUGUCCAACCUAUACCAUCGCAAUGGCACAUCUUACAGCUUCCCGGGGCACUAUGUUUCGCAGCAAACACAAAGCCGAAAUAGUUUUCGAGAGGAGGCACCGCGUUAUACUAGUAUUAGCGAUACAAGUAAUAAUCAGUUGCCACCAUGCCAAGUUGGUCUCCAUCGCAACCAGCUGGGCGCUUGUGUUGAUUUCAACGAAUGUGUUUUGACGAAUCCGUGCAGCCCGCAUCAACGCUGCAUCAACACAAAUGGUUCCUACCGUUGCCAAAAUUUAUUGCAAUGCUCUGCCGGCUAUAAGUCAACUCCGGAUGGUGCGCAAUGCAUAGGUAAGAUGAUGAGGUUCCUUCAAAUGUUUUAUUAAUCUUUAUAAUUGUUU